GAGCGGGCAGACGGGCGAGACGAGGCCGCGCGCUGCUGGUGGGGCGAGCGCGACUAGGCCUCGGAGCCGGGGCCUCGCGUAGCCGCGCCGCCCGGGGGCCAUGAGGUAGCGGCCGGGCUGGCGGCGAGCGGCGUCCCGCUGUCUCCUUGCACCUGACUGCUCUGCCCCUUCGCCGUCCUCCAUGUGGAUGCAGCAGCGGCUGAAGGGGCUGCCGGGCCUGCUGUCGAGCAGCUGGGCGAGGCGCCUGCUGGCCCUGCUGGGCUUCCUGCUGGUGGCCUACUGGUAUCUCGGAGGGGCCUGGCCUCGACUCCUGCCCUGGAGUUCCCGGCAGCCGCCCGGGGGCGCGGCGGGGCUCUGCCUGCAGGCCGAGACGCGGGCCUGGCAGGCCUGGGCGCAGCAAGGGGAAGCCAGGCUGCUGCCCCAGGCCCCCGGGCACCCGGCAGGCAGCGACGAUGCCAGCUCCCCACCCGCCCUGGUGGGCAACGGCUACCUGCUGCUGGACGCUACAGCCAACCGGCUCUGGGUGGCAGCCUCGGCGGGGAAAGGCCCGGCGCCCACCUUGGCCCACGCCACCGAAUACGCCGCCUUGGCGCAGCUCCGGCCACCGGCUAAUGCGGUUGCCGAAGUGGGGGCUGCCGUGGCCAUGCUGAAGGAAGGCGCUGUCCGUUGGGCUCGGUGUGUCCAGACCGGGCCAGCAGCCUCCGAGGCGGCUGGCAGCGGCUGCGUCACCGUCCGGGAGGAGCUGCUAGCCCACCGCGGGCGUCCCCACCUCUACCUGCAGCGAGUAGCCAUCGCCAACCCCACUGACCGCUUGGUGGCCUUCGAGGUGUCCGGACCGGCCUCAGCCGCCUCCGGGGGAAAUGGCGGCGGGAAGUUCAUCACCAGCAUGGAGAAGUCGGGAGACCGGCAGUUCUUCCUCUCCUCUGGGCGGGUGCUGCAGCCCGUGGGCGACAAGGUGGUCCUGGUGGUGGUGGCGGCCAAGAAGCUGGUCAACCGGGUGCAGGUGGCGCCCAAGUCCCAGUUCGAUGAGACCCUGCUGUCCGUGGUCCACACCUCGGAGCCCGUCGAGGCCACCCGUGUGGACGAAGCCUUCGGCAGGCUCCGGGAGGCGGCUAAGAAGGAGAUGCUGGAAGUCAUGAGGAUGAGGACAGAGGACUUGGUGCAGGAACACAGGCAGGCGUGGGCCGACCUGUUUAUCUCAGGGGUCGAGAUGAGGAAGAUCACUGAUGCUCACACCCCCUCAAGUGACACCGUCAACAUGACCCUGUAUUAUGUCCUCUCCACCACGCCCUCUCCCCUCCUUGACCCUCUCAUUGGCAGCGAGGAGAGAGAGAAGAUGGAGGCCACCCUGAACUACGCUGACCACUGCUUCAGUGGCCACGCCACAAUGCACGCUGAGAACCUCUGGCCGGGCCGGCUCUCAACUGUCCCCCAGAUCCUCCAACUCUCAAACUUGUGGAAGCUGACUCUCCAGAAGCGCGGCUGCAGAGGCCUGGUCGCAACGGGGGCCCACGGCUUCAUGCAAGGGAUGGUGCUCAGCUUUGGCGGGCUCCAGUUCACGGAGAACCACCUCCAGUUCCAGGCCGACCCCGACGUGCUCCACAACAGCUACUCCCUGCGUGGCAUCCACUACAACAAGGACCUGAUCAACUUGGCCGUCCUGCUGGACUCGGACGGGAAGCCCUUCCUGCAUGUCUCGGUCAAGUUCCAGGACAAGCCAGUCAAGCUGUACGCCUGUGAGGGAGGCUGCGCCAAUGACCCCAUCGAGCUCACGUCGGAGUCACGAGGACACACCUUCCCUGUCAUGGUGACGCAGCCCAUCACCCCGCUGCUCUACAUCUCCACGGACCUGGUCCACCUGCAGGACCUGAGGCACACGCUGCACCUGAAAGCCAUCCUGGACCACGAGGAGCACAUGGCCAAGCAGUACCCUGGUCUGCCCUUCCUCUUCUGGUUCAGCGUGGCUUCCCUCAUCACCCUGUUCCACUUGUUCCUCUUCAAACUCAUCUACAACGAGUACUGCGGGCCAGGAGCCAAGCCGCUCUUUCGGAGCAAGGUAUAAACCCUCGCCAGCCGGGCCUGCUUCAGAUGCCUGAUGUUCAGCAGACCGACUCAGCCUCUUGGGUUGCCUUUUGUGUGUGUGUAAUCCAUACCCCCCCUCCUGGAGCCAGGAGUUGCGAACGACCUGCAGGUGAGCAGCAUCCCUGCAUGGAAGGCAACCAGACCUUGCCUGGGAGAGGAGUCUGAACGCUUUUAUUUUUAAUUUUCCAAACUGCAGUGUUGGCUCCUUUACAAGAAAGUAUCCGGGGUGUGUGCACGCCAGCAGUUUCUGCUUCAUUGGGGUCCCUUGUGGACGGCCUUCACAUUAAAACGAUCUCCCAGUGGCUAUCCCGAAGGUAUUUCACCAGUUAUAAUGCUCUGAUCGUGCUGUGUUGCCACCCCAGGACCGUCAAUAGAAAGGGGAUUUGACCAACUGCUAAGCUAGUAUUGAGUGUGUUUGCUGUAUAGACAUGCACACAAUUUCCCUUGAAGGAGAUCAGGUGGUGUUAACUGCUCCCUGUAAAUUGAUCAUCUGUGUUGCAGGUGGCCCUGCUGCUAGUCCUAGAGGUAGGAAAGUGUGUGGCGGCUUAUUAGAUGAGAAGUGCCAUGCUCACGGUGCAGUGGAGGUACAGAGGAACCAGUGGAGGAAAACUCCUUUGAUUCUAAGUCCUAUGGGGAAAGAAGGCUUUCCUUGACAGGUUAAAUGUUCAGCGUUUGCCAGGAAUCAAAUAGCCCAAGAGGCGGUGAUGGGGAGGCUUCAGGGAGCAGCCUGCUUUUUCCUCCCUCUGGAGCUGAAAUGGCAUGUGGGGUUUGAACUUUGCCGCAUCCUGCAAGACCUGAUGAGGCACUUCGCUUUGGUGCUCUGGAUGACACUUGGGAGAGAGGUGUCAUCAUUAACAGCAACAAAGGCCAGAUUUUAGUGUUAAAAACAUAGGGGAGAAAAGUGGCAGGUGAGCAGCUCUUUCCAUUCAAAAAACAAAAAUUACAAUCCCCACCCCACCCAAAUAAAGCAUGCAACCAAGGGAGAGAAGUGGCUGGAAGUCUUUUGCAUAUAGUGUGUGUACUACUGGAAUCCCGGAAAUCCGCAGUGUGCUCUCUUCAUCCACUGCUGUGUGUUCAGGGGGUGUGUCCUUUUUACUCCUGGAAGAUCGGAGGCCCCUGUUGCCUCUUUUGGGGUUCGUCCCCCCCUCAAUGCAGACCUGUUAACCAUCAAGCAGCUGGUGCAACCAGCAUUGUCGUCACCUGGAAAAAGUUGCUGAUGAAGAAGACUCUAUUCAGGGUGGGGGUUUGCCUGGGUGCCGCUCAAAGCACUAGCCCCCCUGGGGCCCGCUUGCAGAUUCUCAACGCCUGAAAGACAACAUCACAGUGAGAGUUCAACGUCUUUCAGGUCGGAGGCCAGGAGGUGGAGCCAAGACUGGGGAGUGGGGAAGAGAGAGACACUUUUGAGACUUUGCAAGUCUCGCUUGGUGCCCUCCAGAUGUUUUGAACUACAUCUCCCUGCGUGCUGGAUAGGGCUGAUUGGUGUUGUAUUCCAAAACACCUGGAAGGCCCAAGGCUGGCAAAAGACCUUACCGAGAGAGAAGGUGGGAGGGGGUAAGAGUUUGCCUUUCCCUGUAGCGGUGCCAUCAGCAGUUUUCUUGCUUAAAACAAAACCUGGAGUUUUUGCACUGCAAAAUGUUCAGCUUUAGAGAUAGAAUCUGUUUGCUAACAUUAAAUGUUUUUAAGAGCUCCUGCUCUGUGUGUGU